CUUUCUCACAACACCAGACAUAGAGUAUAAUAGAGGAAGUAUUGUAAUGAAAUUUUGACAGUUUUCACUGUCUUACACCUAAGCACAUCAUAUAGAUCUUCAGAGUAUAGGGAACUUUUUUUUAAUCAGGCUAAAAUUCUAAAUUCAGUCUUAUAAAAAUGUAGGUGUUUUACGCGCAAUCGAGUCGGAAAUGUGAUCCUGAACUGCCCAAACUCCCCCAUGAGCACUCUGGUGCCUGCAGUAAUUUAAAGAGAACAAAUAAUUAGGGACAUGGUAGGCUACUAAAAUAGAUGAAUAAAUUGAAAAAGGGUCAUCAUCUGGUGUCCGGAAAUAUAGUAUGGCUGGGCACCCCCAGUUUCCCAGCGGCUACCUGAGCUCAUGGGGUCCAUUGGGCGUCCUGAAUGGGGAGUUGGGGAUAGUACUUGAUUUAGCUGUUAAACCAAAAUAGGGGUGGCCACGGCACAAUGCACCCCUACGGUAGUGUAACCGGUGGGCUACAGAGAGUGUCCCUGAUACCAGGGAGGUCGUUGUGGGAUGUUCAUCCUUACAUUUACAGAGUGUGAUUAACGUAAACUGAAAGUCUGGCUUUCUUCCUGAUGAAAUCCAUGCUAACAGACUGCAGAUUGAUACUAAGUUUAUCAAAUCCAGACAUCCAGCGCCUCACUAGUCUUUCACUUACAGAAGUCUCUGCACUAAAAGACUCAUUAGCAGAAAAGUAUAUACUUAAACCAUUCAAUGUUUUAGAUAUUCUCAACAACAAAGCUGACAGUUCCUUGCAACAUUGGAAGCUGUCAUCAUUUUGCAAAGUAAUUGAUAUAUCUUUGAGAGGUGGUUUUCUAUCUGGGUUAAUUACAGAAAUUUCUGGUGAAAGUGCGUGUGGAAAAACACAACUUUGUCUUCAGCUAUGUAUUAGCGUUCAGUUGAAUAACGAACAUCCUGGAGGGGCUGUUUACAUUUGUACGGAAGAUGCAUUUCCAAGCAAGCGUCUCCAGCAAUUGAUUCAGUGCCACUCUUCUAAAUUACCGUCUUGUAACUUGGGAGAUAAUAUAUUUAUAGAACAUGUAGCAGACUUUGAAACGCUGGAGUUUUGUGUAAAUAAGAAAUUACCUACCCUCCUUAAAAGAGGAUUGGUGCAACUGAUCGUGAUAGAUUCAGUGGCUGCUCUAUUUCGCUGUCACUAUGAUCACACACAGACUGUAGAAAGGGCAAAACACCUAACCAAGUUUGCGUCUGUAUUACGGCACCUUGCAUUUCAAUACAAUAUCCCUGUGAUUUGUGUGAAUCAGGUUUCUGCUAAUUUGAGUCCACCUUCUGGACAGAGCUUAGUCAUUCCUGCAUUAGGUCUAACAUGGUCCAAUCAAAUCACAAGCAGAAUAAUGCUUUGCAAACCAUAUUUUACUCAAGGUUUAGAACAUCUAGACACAAAGUCUUUGAAGAACAAUGAACCAACACAUAGAAAACUCAGAGUAAUAUUUGCUCCACAUGCACCAGAAAGUGAAAUUGAUGUGUAUAUUGAUAAUACUGGAAUUCAUGGAAUAUCAAGAAAAGUUGUUUAAAAGAUGUAGUGUUCCAAAUGUAAAUUGAUUUGUUCUAGAGUCUUAUGACUAUUUUAAUUCUAAAUAUUGGUGGCUGAGAAUGUUUAAAUAUCAUUAAAUGUACGUAAGUACAUGUAGUGACUUGAAAUAAAAAAGUGUAAACAAAC